UAAGAAGUAAAGACCGCGAGCGUUGUUUUUGCAGAGAUCAUCGGGGGAUGUCGAAGAGGACCAGAAAGUAAACAUGAGCAUGAGUAGGCGUCAAGAGUUUAGUAUUGUUGAAUACUUCUUUAGGGAUAGUGAAACUGGAUCAAGAUGUGGUUAUUGUCGUUCAGAGGAUACCAAUCUUUCACGUGGUAUGUGGGCACAUAAACUAACUACUCAAGACUACCAGGACUUGAUUGACAGAGGAUGGAGAAGGAGUGGAAAAUAUGUCUAUAAACCAACCAUGGAUGCAACAUGCUGCCCUGCAUACACUAUUCGAUGUGAAGUGCUGAACUUUAAACCUAGCAGGUCACAAAGGAAGAUUAUGCUUAAAAUGGGCAAGUACCUAGAAACAGGUUCAGUUGCUAGCGAACCUAACAAACCUGAAGACCAAACACCUAAAGAGGCCUCUACGGGUGAAGUACACAUGGAAACCAAAGAAGCUGCUGUACCUGAAGGUCAAAGUUCAAGUUGUACAAAAGAUGGAGGUGCUGCAAGCAGCUCAAUUAAUCAGUCAAAUUCAACACGCAGUAGUCAUAAAAAAUCUCCCAGAUCAGGCAUUGGUCCAGAUCCAAGUAAACCAUUGCAGAAAAAAGCCAAAGUGUUACGGAAGGAAAAAAAGCAACAGAAAAAGCAGCAAGGUACUUCAACAGAAGUAAAAUUGGAAUCAGAAGCAACAAGCCAUACUCAAAAGUCAAAUGAACCAAAGAAUAUAGAAGACUACCUAUGUGAGGAAGGGUCAUCUACAUCUACUUGUCAUAAAUUGAAGUUAAGACUUGUUCGUUCAAGCCCGCCAAGUUCGGAAUUUCAAGAUACGCUUCAAAAGUCAUAUCUAAUAUAUAAACGAUACCAGGAAACAAUUCACAGAGAUCCACCUACUAAAUGUACUCUAGCACAGAUUAAAUUGAUCAGGACAAAGCCUGCUAGUUUAGAGUUCCAAGAAUCGUUCAACAAGUCAUACAAACUUUUUCAAAAAUAUCAAAUGACAAUUCAUAACGAACCAGCCUCGGAGUGCACAGAAGAUGAUUUUAAAAGAUUUUUAUGUGAAUCUCCGUUGGAAGAAGAGUAUGCUGAUGAUGGACCGGCAUGUGGCUAUGGUUCCUUCCACCAGCAAUACUGGUUGGAUGAUGAGCUCAUUGCAGUUGGUGUCUUGGAUAUUCUACCACACAGUAUUUCUUCAGUGUAUUUGUAUUACAAUCCUGAUUACAACUUUCUCACACUUGGCACUUAUAGUUCUUUGAGGGAAGUUGCAUUUACCCGGGAAAUCCAAAAAGAAGCUGCUAAUAUCAAGUAUUAUUACAUGGGAUUCUACAUACAUUCCUGUCCAAAGAUGCGUUAUAAGGGACAGAUGAGUUCUUCCUUUCUGCUAUGCCCUGAAGCCUACACUUGGCAUCCAAUAGAGAAUUGCCGUUCAAAACUAGAUAAAAACAAGUAUAGUAGAUUAGAUCAAACAGAUGCAGGUAAGUUACAAAUGGAAGCUUGUAUCUAUGCACACCUGUGGUGUUCGCAGUCACUUAUUACAAAAGUUCAAUCACCAACAAGCCUGCUUCUAUGUAAGACAUAUAAAUGAAUGGUGUUCAUAGAAUUGUGGAGGAUAAAUAUGUUUUAAUGGAUGUGUCAUUACAUUAGAAGUUGUGUGCGGGGGUUCAAAUGUUUGAUCAGACAUGCGGCAGAGGAAAAGAUCACUCACUGCAUACCACCUGGUUUCUUUAAAAUCAUUAAAAUUAUAUAGUCAUUUUAGUAUUUAGCUCUUCUAAGUAUUUGUUAAUAAUAGUUUGGGCAUGUGUUUGUGUUAAUGACACAAAUUCCUGGAUCAGCCACUGUGUGUAGCAUAAUGUUGAGGACUAGAGCCUGUCCAGUAUAGCCUUUUUCUGAUGUGACCUGUCCAUUUUUAGCUUUCAAAUAUUUCUCCUUCGUCUACCAUUUAACAUAUUUUCCUAUGGUUUACCAAGUAUUCAUAAAUAUGUUUUGUAAACACAUCCAAACUAUGGUAUAAAAAUUUCUACUGUAUAAGAAUUGUCUAUACUCAUUUUCAAUUUUCAGUAGUUUUGUAAAUUGAAUGCAAGGGGACUAGGGUUAUCAGAGGUACUAAUAAUGUAAUAUCAAAAUAAACCAUUGUAUAAAGUAAUAAAUUAAUAUGAUAUAUUAAAAAAAUGUUUAUAUCUUUUAUAUAUUUAAUUAUCAUUUAUUAAAUGUAAGUACAUAAGUA